AGUAGGUGGGGAGGUGCAACGCAAAGGCAAAGAGGUCAAGAGGAGGGGAGGAGAAAACCACGUGUGAUCGGCACUAUGUACAGCACUGUCCUUCCUCUGUAGACUUGUUUUUGUAAGCUUGUACCCCUCGUAUGUCGCCAGCUAGCUCGUGACAGCCAGAGAAGAAGCUGUAGUUUGCCUUUCAUUUACAGAGACACACAAAUAUUCGAGCAAAGCUGCUGGGGGAUUUCUGUCACAGAAACACACUGACUGCCGACCAUGGUGAGCAAGACAGAUGACAUCCCGGCGUCAGUGCCUAACUGCAAUCCGGCAGAUCCCGCGGAUGGAGCCCAGGAUGGUAAAGGAGCAGGAAAGGCACCUCUAAAAGAGUCCUGUGGUUGUGGGCACAGUGCAGAUACAGCCAUGGUAAAUGGUGACAGGGCUCAUGAGCAUACGGAGGAGACGGACUCAAAGCAGGAUGGGAAUGGCGAGGCAGACGGAGGGGAGGAGUCUAACGAACAGGAAGUGAUAGUGAUCCAGGACACAGGCUUCACUGUAAAGAUCCAGGCUCCGGGGACAGAGCCAUUUGACCUGCAGGUCUCCCCCCAGGAGAUGGUGCAGGAAAUCCACCAGGUUUUGAUGGACCGUGAGGACACCUGCCACCGCACCUGCUUCUCUCUGCAGCUGGAUGGAAAUGUGCUGGACAACUUUGCCGAGCUCAAGUCUAUCGAGGGUCUGCAGGAGGGAUCGGUGCUCAAAGUGGUGGAAGAGCCCUACACGGUGCGUGAAGCUCGAAUCCAUGUGCGUCACAUCAGAGACCUGCUGAAGAGUCUGGACCCUUCUGACGCUUACAACGGAGUAGACUGCAACUCUCUCUCUUUCCUGAGCAUCUUCACUGAUGGAGAUCUUGGAGAAACUGGAAAGCGGAAGAAAAAGGGCAGCGAGAUGGAGCAGAUAGACUGCACCCCUCCAGAGCACAUCCUGCCCGGCAGUAAAGAGCGCCCCCUUGUGCCCCUCCAGCCACAGAAUAAGGACUGGAAGCCCAUGCAGUGCCUGAAGGUCUUGACCAUGAGCGGGUGGAACCCUCCACCUGGAAACAGGAAGAUGCACGGCGACCUCAUGUACCUGUACAUUGUGACUGUGGAGGAGCGCCAUGUCAGCGUCACUGCCUCAACACGCGGCUUCUACCUCAACCAGUCUACUACCUACACCUUCAACCCCAAACCAGCUAAUCCCAGCUUCUUGAGCCACUCUCUAGUUGAGCUGCUGAGCCAGAUCAGCCCUGCCUUCAAGAAGAACUUCACCGCCCUGCAAAAGAAAAGAGUCCAGAGACACCCGUUUGAGAGGAUAGCCACGCCUUUCCAAGUAUACAGCUGGACUGCUCCGCAAGUAGACCAUGCAAUGGACUGUGUUCGAGCUGAGGACGCAUACACCUCCCGCCUGGGUUAUGAGGAGCACAUCCCUGGACAGACCAGAGAUUGGAACGAAGAGCUGCAGACUACCAGAGAGCUGCCCCGGAAGAACCUGCCUGAGCGGCUGCUAAGGGAGAGGGCUAUAUUCAAGGUCCACAGUGACUUUGCGGCAGCUGCCACUCGAGGUGCCAUGGCUGUAAUUGAUGGCAACGUAAUGGCCAUCAACCCUGGUGAAGAAACUCGGAUGCAGAUGUUCAUCUGGAACAACAUCUUUUUCAGUCUGGGCUUCGAUGUGCGGGACCACUAUCGUGAGCUGGGGGGCGAUGCGGCCGCCCACGCUGCACCCACCAAUGACUUGAACGGAGUACGAGCUUACAGCGGGGUGGAUGUGGAAGGUCUUUACACUCUGGGAACUGUAGUGGUGGACUACAGAGGCUACCGUGUCACCGCCCAGUCCAUCAUCCCAGGUAUCCUGGAGCGUGAGCAGGAGCAGAGCGUCAUCUACGGCUCCAUUGACUUUGGGAAGACUGUUGUGUCUCACGGCAAAUACCUGGAACUGCUGGAAAAGACCAGUAGGCCACUAAAGAUCCAGCGGCACAGCGUGCUGAAUGAGAAGAAUGACACGGUGGAGCUGUGCUCCUCUGUCGAAUGCAAAGGCAUCAUCGGGAAUGACGGCAGACACUAUAUUCUCGACCUCCUUCGCACCUUCCCCCCUGACCUCAACUUCCUGCCUGUGGAUGGAGUGGAGCUGUCUCCAGAGUGCCAGCGUCUAGGCUUCCCCCGCCAGCACCGCCAUCGCCUGGCCUGUCUACGCCAAGAGCUCAUCGAAGCCUUUGUUGAGCACAGAUAUCUCCUGUUCAUGAAGAUGGCAGCGUUACAGCUGAUGCAGCAUAAAGCCAACAGGGACUCUAUCAAGACUGACACACCCGCCAUCACAGAAACCUCAGAAACACUCGCAGAGAGCAAAGCCGACACAACCCAGACAGACACAGCACAGACCAAUGCCACAGAUUCCUCUAAAGCAACAGACAUCUCCACAGAUAGCACUAGCCAGACAGACAAUGCUUCCACUGCUGCCUCACAAACAGGAACUGACAGCGAAGAGAACUCCUCGAAGCCCACAACAAACGGGCCUGUAGACCCCACAGCCACCCAGAACGGGGAAUGCAAGGGCCCAUUGGAGGACCCCAAAAGCCGUGAAGUGGUCCUGAAUGCCUGUAAGGCAGUGGGCUCCAUCAGCGACACAGCUUUCGAUAUCCGCUUCAACCCUGAUAUCUUCUCCCCAGGAGUACGGUUCCCUGAAGAGAGCGCAGACGACAUCCAGAAGCAGAAGCAGCUACUCAAAGACGCAGCUGCCUUCCUGGUUUCCUGUCAGGUCCCAACACUGGUGAAGGACUGUUUGGACCACAGCGCUCUGCCCAUGGAUGGAGCCUCACUAACGGAGGCUUUGCACCAGAGAGGCAUCAAUGUUCGCUAUUUGGGCACAGUCCUGGAAUUUAUGGAGAAGACUCCUGCCAAAGCCCAGCUGGAGCACAUCUAUAGAAUAGGAAUAACUGAGCUGAUCACCAGAUGUGCAAAACAUAUAUUCAAGACGUACCUCCAGGGUGUAGAGCUGUCCGCACUCUCUGCUGCUGUGAGCCAUUUCCUAAACUGCUUCCUGAGCUCCUUCCCAGACGCCGUUGCCCACCUGCCUCCCGAUGAACUGGUGUCACGCCGCAAAAACCGCAAACGUCGCAACAGGGUCCCCGGCGGUGGCGACAACACGGCAUGGGCCAGCCUGACACCGAGUGAACUGUGGAAGAACAUUGCCUCUGAGGCCCAGAGCUAUUAUCACUUUACCCUACAGUGUGAAAGUGUCGACCAAGUUGUGGAGAAAUUCGGCCUCCAGAAAAUCACUCUGCUCAGAGAAAUUUCAGUCAAAACUGGCAUACAGAUCCUGAUAAAGGAGUAUAACUUCGACAGCCGCCAUAAGCCUGCCUUCACAGAAGAGGACAUCCUGAACAUUUUCCCUGUGGUGAAACAUGUAAACCCCAAAGCCACAGAUGCCUUCCACUUCUUCCAGAGUGGGCAGGCCAAAGUGCAGCAAGGUUUCUUGAAGGAAGGAUGUGAGCUGAUCAACGAGGCUCUUAAUCUCUUCAACAACGUGUACGGAGCCAUGCACGUAGAGAUCUGCUCCUGCCUGCGCCUGCUGGCGCGCCUUAAUUACAUCCUGGGAGAUCACCCUGAGGCUCUCAGCAAUCAGCAAAAGGCUGUUCUGAUGAGUGAAAGAGUCCUUGGCAUCGAGCAUCCCAACACAAUUCAAGAAUAUAUGCACUUGGCCCUGUACUGCUUUGCCAACAACCAGCUUUCGACUGCUCUGAAGCUUCUGUACCGCGCUCGUUACCUCAUGUUGUUGAUUUGUGGGGAGGACCACCCUGAGAUGGCUCUGCUGGACAGUAACAUCGGGCUGGUGCUGCAUGGAGUCAUGGAGUACGAUUUAUCUCUGAGAUUCCUGGAGAACGCUUUGACCAUCAACACAAAGUACCAUGGACCUCGGUCCCUCAAAGUAGCCCUCAGUCAUCAUUUGGUUGCAAGAGUUUAUGAGAGCAAGGCUGAGUUCCGCUCUGCACUACAGCACGAGAAGGAGGGUUACACCAUUUAUAAGAACCAGAUGGGCGAGGCCCAUGAGAAGACCAAGGAGAGUUCUGAGUAUCUGAAGUAUCUCACGCAGCAGGCUGUAGCUCUGCAGAGAACCAUGAAUGAGAUCUACAAAAAUGGCUCUAACGCCAGCAUUAUGCCCCUUAAGUUCACUGCACCCAGCAUGGCCACCAUUCUGGACCAGCUCAACAUCAUCAAUGGCAUCAUCUUUAUACCUCUCAGCCCAAAGGAUCUGGAGAACCUGAAGGCAGAGGUGCAGAGGCGGCAGCAGCUACAGGAGCUGGGAAAGAGCGAGGAGCCUGCUGAGGACCGCUCACUGGAAUUGGAAGACAAAAUUCCCAUCGAUUAAUAUUGAGUAGUGGCCAACACAGCUAUUUUCUGCUAUGGGAGAGAAAGACGGGCUGUGAUGGAUGAGUCACAAAGCCUGUGGACCCGAAAGCCGAGCAGUCUAAAUCAACAUAAAUAAAUGAGAAAAAUAUAAAUAAAUAAAAAAGAGGGAGGGGAGGGGUCAGGGUAGUCCAGACACAGACUGAUGAACUGUAGGAGAAAGGAAUACUGAGCAGGAAUUUCCUACAAAGUAGGGAUAGAGGGGAGGAGAAAGUACAAACCAUGUAAAACCACAGUACCGUGCAAUCUGAAAAUCCCGAGAACCUGGUGAUGAAGCCCUAGAGCGUGUUGGCUGUGUUAGAAUUACGAUGAAUAUGAAACGAGGGUUUCAGCCGGGGGCGGGAGACCAAGAAUGACCAUGACAUUUUAUACCAGAGCCUUAUCCACUCUACCAUAAUCCCCCCCCACACACAAGCCAUUCUUCUUCUCAGCUCAAACUUUCCACAGCACUGUUGGCCCAGGACCAUAUUCUGCCCCUGUCAUUGCCUAAAGAGCCUCGAAGAUCCUCGGGCAAGUAGCCACCCACUCGUGGUGGAUCCUACCCUGUCCUUGAACUCAGGGGUACUUUCUAUUGUGCACUAAGACCAGAAAAGACCAGUUACUAAAUUUGCCAUUUUUCAAGUGGGGCUUCUGAAUGUAAACUUCCCUUGUUAGUGGCUCAUUGAGCCGCCUUGCAGCGAGCAGCGAGCACCCAUCAUUCACACGUGUCCUCAAUAAUGAACUAAUUUGAUCUGUCAUUUGUACUUGAGACAUCCCGGGAGGGUGCAUGCUGUAUCCUCUGGUUCCCGUUUCUCCAGCGCAGUCACAAAUUAGCGAGCUCACAACUAAUCAUUUAGGUUGAUUUUAUUUUAAUUUUUUAAAUUUCUUUUUAUGGAUUAUUUUUGUAAAAGUGCACAGGGGGGGUAAGAAGGAAUUUUAUUGCCUGUUCAUCAUCAGUUAAUUUAAAGCCAUGUCUGUUUUAUGGAAAAUGUAUAGAAAUGGAAAAACGAUGUAUAAAUCUCUAUUAGACAAGUACUUGAUUGAUGUGUAUGGGAAACACAGAUUUGAACAAAAAGAAAACGUCCACCUUAAGCAGUAGAUUUAUCUAUCUAUAUAUAUCUAUAUAUAUAUAGUUAGCUGUGUUCAAAUAUCUAUUUUUGCACAGUGAAAGAAUAUGUGCAUGUGUGUUUGUGUGUUUGACAGUGUGCGUCUUUGUGUAGUCUGACAUCAAAUCUGUUGGCCGGGGCUUUCCUCGCAUAGUUUGAAUAGAGGCUGAGAAAACAUUGGCUUUCCAAAUCUUUAAUAAUUCUGCACACGGUAAACUGGGUUCUUUUCUGGGCCCCAAAAAUCCGCUGAUAUACUGAAAUUGGGACUGAAAUUAACCGCAUCGCUUCUCGACAUCGGCAGUGAUGACAGACUUAUCGUUGCUGGUUGUUUAUUUUUAUUUUUCUUCUCGUUAUGUGAUUUGUUAUUUUCUUCAUGUGUAACGGAGCCGAACCCCAGACAGGAGCGAGCAGUAAGCAGUUUUAGUUAACUUUCUUGUGCUGUGUGUCGACAGGUACACGGCGUCACCAAAAUUAGGAGAGGGGGGCGUGGGGGGGAAAGGAAGGGCUGCCUCAGUGAUGUACCAAAAAAGACUGAUAAAGGCUUGUUUUUGCUGUAAACUUAAUGUUUUCCCUCUCAUGGAAAGAUGUGAGUGAUUAAAGCAAUAGAGCGAUGAUGCAUUUUUU